CGUCCGUGCAUAAAUGAUGAUGAAGGUGUUUAAUGUAAGUCGCGAUUUUCGCUGUGUCAACAAUGUCUAAAAUUUGUCACGGAAUCAAAGGCCUAGUGUAUCUGAGACAGAAAGAAGUUCAGAGCAAUUAUUCCCUUAGCGAAGUACUCUGAAAGAACCUAAUACGAAAAAGGUACGGCGCUUAUCUGUCUCGAACAGCUGACACCGAAAUAGAAGACAAGUGAGUUCUGUGCAGAUGUGCUAACUCAAGGCAAGCUACUAUUGAAGGAAUACAAAUUAUAUGGGGUGAAAAUGUGAGAAGUAAAUCUGAACUGACCUCGGACAUCUGAAAACACCUAGAUGCUUGUUUAGUGGAGAAUCUCGCUACGGGUGCAGUAUUGUUCAAUGCAUUAUUAGUUUCCAUAUGAAGCAGAAGGCCUCCAGGGUGUUGUGCGUGCAUUGUCAGUGAAGCGGACAGAAAUACAGCUGUUCUGGGCGCGGCCUUUGCCUUGAAAAGGACACAGGUAAUUUGUGCCUUCCGAUGACGGAGCGAUGUUUGGUGGAUUCGCCGAGGCUCUCGCCUAUCAUACGCCUGUAAACACUGAACUGCACUCAUCAACUCUUGAUCUUAGUACAUUGCAGGGAACACUAUUUUCGGCGAGCAAUGAGGCCGCCCUUAGUGACCUUCGAGAUGAUUUCAUCCUCAUAGCUGAGUGUAACGAACAACAGGGACCUACACCGUUGGUGAUUAUUCCGAAUACCGCGUCUGUACAUUCAGAAGAGAUCUCAGCAUUGUCAAUCUCCCUUCUUAGCGUAGACUAUCAACAUGUCGCCUCGGGAACGUUUCCACGAGAGGAUACACAGCUCCUCCUUCCGGAAAUUCGAGACAAUGUACACGUGUUCGUCAAUUACACCGUCUUGCUAGACGCUAAGGCGAGGGGCUUUGUCCGGCCUCUAUGUGUCGCCUACGUCUCUCACAAUAAGCACCGUCUUCUCAAAGCCGUUGGCCAGAUUCGCAGCGUGCUGGUAGACGCAUCAAAUCUAGUCAAGACACAAAACCUGCCCUUCUUCAUCCGGGGACUUAAAAAUAGUCUAACAAAUUCACAAUUGGAAGGUCCUGCUUUGGUGAAAUAUGAGUUGACGGUUGCCAACGCCUUGCGGGAGGCCGAGCGAGCCGAAAAGAACCUAGUUGGAGAAGAAAAAUCGCGGUUGUUUGAAAAGGCUCUAAACGCGUUAUCUUCUCGAAUCGGAAUCGAACCGGUAGGUGCCCCUCCCAUUGGCCUCGUUCCACUCGGACACAUAGCGCCCCUAGGCUUCGCCCUCGCGGUGCAGUGGUGGUUGGAGCUGCUCUGCAAAAUGCAAAAAUUUGUACCCAGUGAUGAGGUAAAGCUUCCUUCAGUGAUCUAUGGAGCGUGCCCGGCAAACGAGGACUGUCGGAACUUCGAAGUUUAUGAUGGAAUGUUUGAUGCUUUGUCUGACUUAAGUCUGAAAGUCACCAAGAAGGCCGAUCUGGAAUAUACUGGUGACGAGGUGUAUUGCUAUAAACAUCUCAACACGCUAUAUACACUCCCAUCAUUUGUGGUCCCUCCGUCAAUAUUAUUUGAUGCGUACAAAAUUAUUAACAGACUAGACACAUCGACUUUACACAACAUCUUCUUUUCAUUGUGUACUAGCCGUCCUUUGGUACUUUAUCCUGGCAAACGAGCCGUCAAUCUCGCCAGAUUUCUUGCGCUGUUUGUGCCCCGCAGAGUCGAGGACAAUAUGCUAUUAUACAUUGACGAUCCGGUGCCUGGCGAUAACUGUUCACUAGCGGCGUUUCUAUCACCGCUGGACAGCGACCAAGUUAAUAUGAUGAAGAAAAAAUGCUCACUUUUGUGCGUCGACUCGUUUGAUUUUCUCGGCCCAAAGUAUAACGGUUACCUUCUCAGUUCACUAUGGAGAAGGGUGCAAAUGGUUCGCGAACAGCCCCACCUACUCGUAGCCCUACUGUCUGCAUUUUUAUGCGAGCUCGAAUUGCAUUCCCUGUCCACGCCGCCUCUAUCGACUUGCGAUGCCAGCAUACUAAAGAACUAUGAUCGACUGUUCCAGUAAACACUCCGUAGUGAGGGAAAACAUUAGAUGAAGCGCUUAUGAGUCGUAAUGAAAGAAAAAAUAACAAUAUAUGACGACGAGAUGGAAAAGAACAAACUUGUUCCACGGCCCAGGAAGAAAGUCAACUAUUCUCGCGAAUCAAUGUUUGUUUUAUUCAGACCCUCGCCAAAUUACCGAAUGUGGCGGGUUCAAAAAGUGAUCAGCGACUUUAUUAUGUAGAAAAUCUUUGUAUAAAAUGAACCGUCGUUUUUCUAAAGAGUUUUUGUUAUGCUAAAGCCGUGGAAAGAGGAAGGCAACCAACUUCUCAAUAAAUCGUAAUGGAUGAUAAGGCAUGCACAACUCCAAAAGGCUGUUAUUGGACGCACAGACUGGCGCUUCGAUUAACUAAACGUUUGAAUAGCUAUAUAUAUGUCAUUGUAAAUUGUACUAUCGAAAUGUUAGGGCAACGCACGAACAUCGAUAAUAUUCUUGAUAUUGGUGAUGUCAUGAGAGUAUGAAACAAAAACAGUGGUAAUACACUAUUUUUUUGUAUAUAGCCAUACACAUACGUAUCUGUUUCUGCUUAGGUAGACACAGACAAACAGAACAAGUCAACCGGAAAACAAAUGUGGCGUAAAGAAUUUGUUUUCCAUUUUACUAUGGCUGGUUACUUUAUGGCUUUAAAUUCGCACUGUGAUAGUGACUAAAAAAGCGAGUGACUUGAGAAUAAAAGCAAAAAUAUAUAUCACGGAUUGUCGAAAACAGAAAAGUAA